GGCAGUGGCCCUGAACAGACUGACAUGACAUAAUAUACCUUAUCAAUUCUGUGGCACUGCAAUGAACACAGCUGCAUUUAACAUUACGCUCAGCACCAAGAAGACGCUGAGAAAACCUGAUCCACUAGAUCAAGAAGACGUUGAGAAAACCUGAUCCACUAGAGCAACAAGUAGACGUUGAGAAAACCUGAUCCACUAGAGCAACAAGAAGACGUUGAGAAAAUCUGAUCCACUAUCUGAUCCACUACAUCAACAACAAGAUUUUGAGACAAGCUGACCCACUAGAUCAAGGAGAGCGAUGAGCGGGCUGCGAACCGUGUUGACCUCCACUGCCAUUGUCGGCGUGCUUGGGGCUGGAUACGGGAUGUGGUUGGUUAUUUCUCCAGGAGAAGAAAGGCGGAGGGAGAUUCUCAAGAAUCUACCGGAAGCUAACCCGGUGAGGAUGGAGGAAACGAGGAGGAGGAACGCGCUGGUGAUGCAGGCGCUCAAGGAGGCAGCAGAAACCAACGACAACAUUGCAAGACAAUUCGGUGGACCCUUGAAGUAGACAGCGGUUCUGGACUACACCGGUCCAGAUUAAGCUACAUUCAUUUUAAGCAUUAAAGAAUGCUUGAAUUUAUAACGAAGGGGGAAAUGCCAGUGAUAUCAAAGUCCUUGUUGUAUCUGCUGUGCAUAUCGUGUAACAUACUGUUGUAUAUUUGAUAUUAAAAGUGCAUAAAA